UCGCCUUAGAAAGAGAGGAGCGCUUUGCAAGGAGGACAGGUCUGCGCAUGCGCUGAGAGUUGUGUAGGGUGGGGAACAGCAGGCUCAAAAGAGGGGGGGAGCUUUGUGAAAUAGCAGAAGGUGCUUCUUUAACUGGGGGAGUGGGUCUGCCCCGUUUCCAAUCGCAGCUGCUGAAACCACGCCAAGCCCAGUUCAACCACUGCUCCCUUUUCCCCUUCUCUAGCCUUAGAUCCCCCCCUUUUUAAACAAGUGGGGAGAAAGAAGCCUUAGCAUCAUUGUAAGGAAAGGGGAGCCUCUUGUGCCUUCAAAUCGGGGCUGAGAUCCCCACUAAUAGAUAUACACAAUUGUUAUAAUUUAGGGGGAUAUUAUUAUUAGUAUUAUUAUUAAUAUUUAGGUAUUAUUAUUACUAUUGCCUUGCCCCCUCUCUGCCUUCUUUCCUUCCCUCCCUGCCCUGCAAAGGGAUGCUUUGUGCUGCUCCCUCUUCCUUCUCUUGAGCAAAGCAGCAUGAGCCCUUCCAAUGAGACCUACCUCUUCAUAAAAGACAUAAAGCCUGGACUGAAAAACUUAAAUGUCGUCUUUAUUGUGCUGGAGAUCGGGCGAGUUACCAAAACCAAAGACGGGCACGAGGUGAGAUCCUGCAAAGUGGCCGACAAGACGGGCAGCAUCACCAUCUCCGUAUGGGAUGAACUUGGCAGCCUCAUCCAGCCAGGAGAUAUUAUUCGAUUGACUAAAGGGUAUGCAUCUCUGUGGAAAGGAUGCCUUACGCUUUACACUGGAAGGGGAGGAGAGCUUCAAAAAAUUGGGGAGUUCUGCAUGGUGUACUCAGAAGUGCCCAACUUCAGUGAACCCAACUCGGACCAUCAAGGGCAGGCUACCAAACCGGCACAGGGUGAGCAGAGUAAUAACUCCCUUCCAUCAGCUAAUGUGGGUACUUGUACUUUUGGGCCCGCUGGGAAUGGUUUGCCAGCGGGACCGGAACUGAGCGGCUUGUCAACUGCCUAUAACCAUGCCCCCUCCUAUGCAGGUACUGGGAGGGCUGGCGGACGUGGUGCCCCCCCUCCUCCGGUGCCAUCUAACAAUUCCCGCCCCCUUCAAAGCACAAUAAGUAAUGGGAGAGAUCCUCGGAGAGCUUCAAAAAGAUGACCAAGCCAAAAUGCCACACUUGCUGCCUAAACCCUUUAACACCCUACUUGAACACUUCCUGCACUUUUAUUUGUGGUUAAAACUGUGAAAAUGGUUUGUCCCUCCUCCUGAUCGUAGGCCUUCUAUUUGUCUGGAGAGAGGGACGUUUUCUCUCCCUUCCCCUCCGCCCAGCUGAAAAUUCAGUGGAAGUGAAACUCCUGAUAUUGCGUUAUCCCAGGAAGAAAAUGUCUUAAAAAGGGGUCAUAGUUGGAAUUUCCUUUUAAAUAUUAGACCCUGGUUCCCAAAACAUACCAGGAUUUCUGGGUGCUCCAGUUUGUACAAUACAGGCUUAAGAAGCUUACAACUCUUCAGACUUCUAUCAUAGUCAGUGGGAGCUUGGGAAGAAUUUCAAAUCUAAAGGUCUCUAUUAAAACAACAUGAUGAUAAGUGUAAACCAUCUGAUGCUAUCACAGAAGUGCUGUCCAGUUUCUUUCUUUUUCUUCUGAUGACUGAUUCAGUGAAGGACACAUUUCUCUUGUGAAAAUAUGUGCUGUUUCACCCAUAGGCCACUUUGUAUAGUCAUAGUCCCUACAGAAUUACAAUGUCCCUGUCUACCAAAUGCUGCAUCACAGCCAUCUUUCCAAGCAUAAGCAAAGAUGAGAAAUAAGCAUCAACAAGCAAAAUGCUGUGACAUUUCCAAUACUUAAUCUGGGUUUCUUUCAGGUUUGUAUUACAACUUUGGAAAUUGAAAGGUACCAUAGUUGCAGUAACAUUGUCCUGGGGCCCUUUCACAUCAUAUUGUUAUAGCAUUAUGAGUUUACUUUCAUUGCUAUGCUUUCUUUUGGUGAAAUCCUAAGAUUAGCAGUUGAGAGCAGGCUUCAAAAUCCUCAUCUGCAGAACCAAUCCGGUGCUGCCAACCAAACUAAGAGCCCACAAUUCCAUAAAGUGUAGAGCCUGCUUUAACCAUAGCAGUUAAAGUGGAAUGGUAGGGCUAUAAUUGUGUAGUGUGAAAAAGUCCACAAUCUUCAAAAUCUCCAACAGUACACCUCUACUUGAAAAGAGUAACGUCUCAAAGGAUACUGACCACUUAACUGCAGCAAUGUAUAAAACAACAAUUUUCUACGCUUCUCUGAUUCCAAACGGUAAAGCGAUAGUUUCAAGUUUGGUGGUGGUUGUGGCAGGCAGUGAAACAAGGGCAGCCAGCCAUGCAGAAAUCCAGCCUAAAUGAUUCUGACGUUCUAGUUUUCUGUUUGUGGUGAGAUUCCCCUUUCACACAUACCCUCUGUUGUGGGAUCCUUCAAUAUCACGUUUGCACCCAGAAGACAAUUCACUCCUUGAUUCUUCUGACAUCAUAAACUGACGAAACACUUGACGAGUUGCAAAUGAAAUACGAGCAAGUGUGUGAAAUUUUCCCUGAGGAAAAUUCCAGCUAAAUGUUCAAGUACCAUUUUUUAUGCACCAUUGGUUUUGAAGCUGCGCUCCUUGAUUUCUGGAAAAGCCAGACCUUUGCCUGCUAAUUCAAAUGUUUUGAAGUUAUUCCAGUGGAAACAGGCGAAGGAAUGUUUUGGUGGUCCAAACCCUUAAGGAAAAAGGGGUGCAGUUUUCCUUUUCUGUUGUAAAUAUUUUUGAUAUCUUUUACCAUCAGGCCAGUUAAAAAUGCUGUCCAGUUCACGGGUGGCAAAGCCCUUGGGUUUGGAAUGGAUUCAAAUUCUGUAACAUGGCUGGGUCCCCCCCCCCUUUUUUUUAAUGUUACAUUAUUGAAACGGACCUCAUAAAUAAAAGUUGCACUAACCAUGUAAAGGAAACAAAACAAUUUUUUCCCACUUGAUUAUCCAAGGUAAAUAAAAUUGUGUGUGUCUCUGUG